AUGGGUGAGGAGGGCGCUGGAAGCUCUUCAGUGGCUUCUGUAGCGCUGUCGCUGUCGCUGUCCCACCGCCGCCUGGAACUCCUGCAGAGCUUCUGCACACCCAUCCUCACCAUUGGUGAGCUCCAGCCUCCGCCCUUCUGCUCCCCGGCAAGAGCGCCCCUUCUGCGGGAGUUCGGGACACGCUCUAGCGCACACAAGUGGACAGGCUGCCCGCGCUACGUGGAGCGGCUCACGCAGCUGUUGGAGGAGCUCAAGGCAUGCUAUGACAACCCCACUGAAAAGGCACCUGGUCCUCACCUGGACACGUUGCUGCCUCUGGCCCCUCUCAGUCCCCUCGGCCAGGGCCCCGAAACCUUCCCCUGUCCCCUUCUGGAGCCCUGCUGGCAGAGGAUGGAUGACUCCACAGCCCUGCCGCCCUCUGUUCCUGCGAAACCCCGGUGGAAGCAGUGGCUAGAAGCAGUGGGGAUCUUCCAAUAUGUGCUCACUUUUCUCUUCAUGGGCCUUUUCUUUUCCUGCCUUGUCAUCUUUCUUCUCUUCACACGGUUCUGGUUCAUUUCUGUUUUCUACUUGACGUGGCUCUACCUGGACUGGGACACGCCCAGCAAAGGUGGAAGACGUUAUGAGUGGUUGAGGAACCAGACGGUUUGGAAACACUUAAGGGAUUAUUUUCCUAUCAAGCUGGUGAAAACAGCAGAGUUGCCCCCCGACCGGAACUAUGUGCUGGGCUCUCAUCCACAUGGGAUCCUGCUCGCUGGAUCCUUCUGUAACUUCGGGACCGAGGGCAAUGGCUGCUCCCAGCACUUCCCUGGCCUUCGGCUCUCCAUGGCGGCGCUGGCCAUCCUCUUCUACCUCCCAGUCUACCGAGAGUACCUCAUGUGCUUAGGAGCACGACCGGUGAGCCGCGAGAGCCUGGACUUUCUCCUGUCACAGCCCAAACUGGGACAGGCCGUAGUCAUCAUGGUCGGAGGUGCCCAUGAGGCCCUGUACGCGAUCCCUGGGGAGCACUGCCUCACUCUCAAGAAGCGCAAGGGCUUUGUGCGCCUGGCCCUGAGGCAUGGGGCCUCCCUGGUGCCUGUGUAUACGUUUGGGGAGAAUGAUAUCUUCAGACUUAAAGCUUUUGCCACAGACACAUGGCAGUAUUGGUGCCAGGUCACCUUCAAGAAGCUCGUAGGAUUCUCUCCCUGUAUCUUCUGGGGCCGUGGUCUCUUCUCAGCUAACUCCUGGGGCUUGCUGCCCUUCUCUGUGCCCAUCACCACUGUGGUGGGCCGCCCCAUCCCCGUGCCCCAAUGCCUCGACCCCACCCAGGAGGAGGUCGAUCACUAUCACACGCUCUACAUGAGGGCUCUGGAGCAACUGUUCGAGGAGCACAAGGAGAGCUGUGGCGUCCCUGCUUCUACAUGCCUCACCUUCAUCUAA